ACGCGUCGUCUCCUGAUUACUGGCCGCCAGUCGUCCACCAGGCGCCGCCGUUGUUAUUGGCCGACGUAGCACGCCGCGCAACCACCCGCUGCCCCAAAGUAACACGCCGAGAGCACUCUCCUCCUCAGCACACCUGAUCUUGUCGCGAGACGCCGUGUUUUGGCUUCAAUUGGCUCUGCUUGCCUCGGCGGAGACGCCCUCUUGGCCACCUGUGGCGCGAACGCCCAAGGACCCCAGAAGGCAACAUCCUCUGCGCGCAAGCUUCCUCCACUCCCUUCCGAAAAGCUACAUUUGAGGUAUGAGCCAGAGGGAAUACCACAUCGUCGUCCUUGGCUCCGGCGGAGUAGGCAAGAGCUGUCUCACGGCGCAGUUUGUCCAAAAUGUCUGGAUCGAGAGCUAUGACCCGACCAUUGAGGAUUCUUACAGAAAAGCCAUCGAGGUAGACGGACGACAUGUGAUUCUGGAGAUCUUGGAUACCGCAGGCACCGAGCAGUUCACGGCAAUGCGAGAACUCUAUAUGAAGACGGGCCAGGGUUUCCUCCUCGUUUUCAGCAUUACCUCCAUGUCAUCAUUAUACGAGCUCACCGAGCUCCGCGAGCAGAUACGGCGGAUCAAAGAGGACGACAAUGUGCCCAUGGUACUGGUGGGAAACAAGUCUGAUCUGGAAGAAGACCGCUCGGUCCCGAGAGCUCGCGCCUUCAACGUCUCCCAGCAGUGGGGAGGUGUCCCAUACUACGAAACGAGCGCGAGACGAAGGGCAAACGUGGACGAAGUCUUUGUGGAUCUGUGUCGACAAAUCAUCCAGAAAGACCGCAGGGAAUACGCUGAGAAAAGGCAACGUACAAAAAAACGUGCUAAUCGCAGACGACCCAAGUGUACGAUUUUAUAGCGGAGUUACGGCACGAUACCAUCGGUUUCCUUUUUCGAUUCCCCAUAUUUGUUUCCCAUAUAGAGAGGUAUUAGAGGCUUUCGCUCGCAGCGCCAAUGCACUUCCUUCAUGCUCGAAUCUCUGCUCGUUGAAUGUCCAUCCAGGAGCUCCUCGUUCAUGCACGUGUAGCAUGUGUGGCGCUACGGCUUCAGGGAUAGUGCCAGCAAUCAUUCAGCCGCCAUGUUGCCUUUGUUCGAAAGCAGGUCUUCCCGCAAGUACAAUUCCGCAUGCAACUUAGACGGUCAACA